UAUCCUGGCGAGAAUGGCCUAAGAAUCCCGACUAGCCCUUGUUUUGAUUAUUGUUAUUAUAAUCGUGAUAAUGAUAAUGGUUAUUACAGUAUGAUGCUGAUCCAUGGAUUGGAGCCGUCAGCACUACCGCUGGAAGGACAUGACCACAUCAUUGCACGAAUCACCCGCGGUGCACACGUCGCUUGACUCGCUUCAUGAAUUCCCGGUGGAACUCUCCCCAUUCUCUGCCCACUGAGGAGUGAAUGCGAUUCGUGAUUCUCGCCUCCGACGCCCGUGUUUCCGGUUGCUCGUUCGGCACCAUCAUUGGACCUUCACCCAUGGAUGGACUUCAUCACUGGUUUCAUGUUGAAGUUCCAGGGCCGCAAUGCCGCUCUCCAGCAAGUGGCACUUUUGCUCAAGCUGAGACUCUAGUGUCAACCGCCAUGCUCUUUGGUCCCUCUGCGAGUCUUGGGUGUGCCCCGCCCGCCCAAUGGCCGCUCGCCGUCCCUUGUAUUUCCUCCAUUAUGGGUCUUAGCUGCGGUCCCUUAGCUCCUCCCGUUUACUCAGGAUCUCAAUUUCUGGCCUGUCUAUGGUCCUUGCCGUCUCGCCUAUUCGACUUCCCCGGUCAAAAUGACCGCCAUAUGCAUAAUCUUGCGACUCUUGGGGUCUCCAUAAUCCAGCAGCCGUUUGCAUUGUGUGUGCAAGAUUAUCUGCAAGCGAGGGGAAGGGGAAAAAAGUAAAUUGAAACAAAGAAAUACCAUCGAUUCCAUAUCAAUUGAUCAUCCCCGCGGGUGUCGAUUUGUUGCGUCCGGCGCAUCUCCAUGAAACGAGGCACCACCCACUCUGGGAAGUGAGAACAACUACGGCAUAUUUGCGGCGGUUAGACUAUCUUGAAGCCUAGUAGCAGUUUAGCAGGACAUCC